AUGCGGACGAUUGGAGGCCUCGUCGACUACCUGCUCGUAGUCGCCGUGCAGUCCUUCAUGCUUCUCCAGGUUGGUUUCUUCGACGCCAUACGCCGCCUCCUCGGAAGGCUGAGGCCUCCGCCGCCGCUGCAUUCGCCAGCCGCCACGCUGCCACCCCUCCGCACCGUGUCGGUCGUGCUGCCCACCUACAACGAGGAGAGGAGCAUUCGGCACUGCCUCGACGCGCUGCACCACGGCGCGGCAUCGCUCGACGAUGUCGAGGUCAUCGUCGUUGACGGCGGCUGCCGCGACCGCACGAUGGAUCUUGUCGCCGAGUGGUCGGCGGCACACCCGCGGCUGCGGCUCCUGCGUGAGACGUCGCACGGCGGGCGCGGGCCCGCCGUCCGCGCCGGCGUGCGGCACGCGACGGGCGACGCCGUGCUCGUCCUGCACGCCGACACGGCUCUGCCAGCGCUGUGGGAUGCGCUGCUGCUUCGCUCGCUCUCCGACCGGGCGGUGCUGAUGACGGCCUUCUCGUUUCAGUGCGACCGCGCUCAGCUCGCCGAGGCGCACUCGCCGCCCGCGGGCCUCGCGCUGAUGGAGUGGACUGUCAACCUGCGCUCGCGCUG